GCCCGCCCGCCGGGGCCUGUGCGCUGCGGCGCGUGCGCGAGCGGUGCAGCACCGGCCGCGGGAGCAGGGAGUAUUAUGGGCUGUGGGUGCCGCUGAGCAAGAUGGAGCUGUCUGCAGUGGGCGAGCGGGUCUUCGCGGCCGAAUCCAUCAUCAAGCGGCGGAUCCGAAAGGGACGCAUCGAGUACCUGGUGAAAUGGAAGGGGUGGGCCAUCAAGUACAGCACUUGGGAGCCUGAGGAGAACAUCCUGGACUCGCGGCUCAUUGCAGCCUUCGAGCAGAAGGAGAGGGAGCGUGAGCUGUAUGGGCCCAAGAAGAGGGGACCCAAACCCAAAACUUUCCUCCUGAAGGCGCGGGCCCAGGCCGAGGCCCUCCGCAUCAGCGAUGUGCACUUCCCGGUCAAGCCCAGCCCCAGCGCCUCCUCGCCCAAACUGCACUCCAGUGCAGCCGUGCACCGGCUCAAGAAGGACAUCCGCCGCUGCCACCGCAUGUCCCGCCGCCCCCUGCCCCGCCCAGACCCCCAGGGUGGCAGCCCUGGCCUGCGCCCCCCCAUCUCGCCUUUCUCCGAGACAGUGCGCAUCAUCAAUCGCAAGGUCAAGCCUCGGGAGCCCAAGCGAAACCGCAUCAUCCUCAACCUGAAGGUGAUCGACAAGGGCACAGGCGGGGGCGGCCCCGGGCAGGGGGCCGGAGCCCUCGCUCGCCCCAAAGUCCCCUCCAGGAACCGCGUCAUUGGCAAGAGCAAGAAGUUCAGCGAGAGCAUCCUGCGCACCCAGAUCCGCCACAUGAAGUUUGGCACCUUCUCGCUGUACAAUAAGCCCCCGUCCGGCCCUCUGCCUCCGCCGCCGGCGGGCAAGGCUGACACAGCAGCCUCCCCAGGCCCCGGGCUGCUCCUGGCUGCCCCUGCUGCCCCCUAUGAUGCCCGCAGCUCCAGCUCGUCUGGCUGUCCCUCACCAGCACCGCAGUCCUCCUCCGACCCUGAUGACGCUCCCCCCAAGUUGCUCCCUGAGACCAUGAGCCCGUCUGCUCCCGACUGGCGGGAGCCCGAAGUGCUUGACCUGUCCAUCCCUCCUGAGGCCGCAGCCACCAGCAAGCGGGCACCUCCCGACGUCCCUGCUGCCGUGGGCCAGGCACUUACCGCGGCCCCUGAGCCUGCCAGCGCCUCCUCCGAGCCUGAAGCUGGGGACUGGCGCCCCGAGAUGUCACCCUGCUCCAAUGUGGUUGUCACCGAUGUCACCAGCAACCUUCUGACAGUCACUAUCAAGGAAUUCUGCAACCCCGAGGAUUUCGAGAAGGUGGCUACUGGGGUAGCAGGUGCCACUGUGGGUGGUGGCAGCGGUGGGGUGAGCAAGUGAGGGGGCUCCACUGGGGAGGGGGGCUUGGGGGGGCCCUCCUGCCCAAAGUCCUACUCUUGCUCCCACCCCCGCCCUUGCCCUCAGACACCUCUGCCUGUGCUUUGCUUGUUUCAAAUGGCUCGGUGUUGACCCCCCCGGAUGGGGCCGGGCAGUUGGAGCCCCGAGGCCCCGUGGGAGCAGCAGUCCCAGAACAGGUUAGGGCUGGAGUGGGGCGAGGGCACUUGGAAGUCCUCCCUCUUGCCUCUUGGCAUCCUCCUUGCCCGAGCAUGGUGGGGCCUACUGGGUGGCUCCUGGGGAGCCCCCAAGCCUGGGGUUCAGCUGCCUCAUCCGCAUCCCACUCUCUCUCUCCCCAGCUUGCUUCCAGCUCUCGCACACAGCAUCUGAUUUCUCGGUGCUAACCUGGCAGCUGCGGGGCCCCUUAGGAGACCCCCUCCCACCGUGGGCACCGUCCCUUUCCCUCCCCUGGAUGCCUGGGCAGGAGGGCCAGGGAUGGCAAAGCCCCGUCAGAGGUUGAGGUGAGGCUGGCCUCGGCCCCUCCCUCAAUGCCAGUGAGGGUGGCGGGAGCGGGGCCAGAGGCCUGGGUCUUCCUGCCCACUUCUGGACGGACAGACCCAGCUAAGGUGGUCCCCUUAGCUCCACCCCAACCCCGCUCCUUCCUCAUCCCCGUCUCAAAGGUUGGAGGGUCUGGCAGGGUGCCCCCCCACCCCCGCCACAGCCUCCCAGCAUCUAAAGGGCCCUUCAGUUCUUGACCAAAGGUGCUACAAGAACCUGCCGUGGAAACUUCCAGCUGGCGUGCCUACCUGCCGCCCCACGGCAUGUUUGUGCGUGUACCUGGAUGUGCACAGGGCCCGCCAGGGCUUUCCAGGUGGCUUCCUUGAAGGUUCCUCAGAAUGAGGUGGUCAAAGGCCCAGCCGUGCUGGGGUGUGUGCCCCCACACCCUUCUCUCUGGGGCGGUCUGCCCCACCAGCCAGGCCUCUGCUGCAGACACAGCAUGGUGGAGACCCAGGUGGAGAGGGGAGCCCCAGCCCUGGCCUUCUCCUUCCUCCUUGGUGUCUGGGGGAAGGAGGAAGCCUGGAAACCAUUCCCAGGCAGUGGGCUCCUGCCUCUCCAGCCCCCCUCUCUCUUGCUUCUGACCGCUGAGGCUUUUCUCACAGCACAGCCUGCUCAAAGCAGUGGGAGGCCCUGGUGCCCAGGGCAGCUUUCCUUCUCUCUGUUGCCAGGGAGCUGAGGUGUCCAUGCCAGCAGAGACCAAGGCCCCAGUCUUAGGCCAGGCACUGGGAGGGCGGGGAGGCCAAAGGGGGUGACCAAAGAAGGGGCCUAUGUUCUUCAGGAGAGGGAAGGUAUGCGGGACCUGGCUCUGGUGCACUGUGGGAACCCCUCCGCCCCCGCUAGCCCCGGGUCUCAGUUGGCAUGGGUGGCAUGUCCCUGAGCAUGGCUCAGGGAGCUUCUUGGUGUGUGCUGCAAGAGGUCACAACUCAGAAGCAUGAUGGCAAAAGGUAGGAGGAGGCAGAAAGGGAAUCCCGUUAGGUAAACAAAUGCCUUUGUCCGAAGUAUAGGAGGAUUUGUUCUUCCAAAUCUCCCUGUCAGGGGCUGAGGCAUGGCCCCUGCUCCUCCCCACCCCAGGGUGUAGAACAAGGGCCCUCACAGGGUUUGGGGGGCUGGUACUCCUAGACCCCUCCCUACCCUGCCCUUUGUGUUGGCUCUGUGGCCGUCCAAGUGCCAAUUGGCUUCCCCCCAAAUAAGGGCUGGUAUUUCUCCUCUGUCUUUAGAGGGGAUUUCCCCCCUGACCCCUCACCCCAGGUGAGUGACCACCUGGGUGCCAGUUACAGGUGUUUCCAGAGACCAUAGAAAUGUGUUUUCCUGAGAGUCCGUGUCAUUCGUGACUUUUUUUGUAAAGAAGUUGUGUUUUCAGAGGUGAUUUUAUGACAGGAAAGUGAAAGAAUUAGUUUUGCAAAAAAACAAAAAACAAAAAAAGAGGAAAAAAAAAGAAAAAAGAAAUAGAAAAAAUAUUGUGGGAUUCCUAUGGGGUCGGGGUGGGAGUGGGGGGGAGAGAAAGAGAUAUUUAAAGAAAAACUAGUACCGCAAUGAUUGCACAGGUGAGGUGGCGGUGUUAGGAACGGGGAUGGAGGCCUAGGCCUGGCUGGCGGGGCCCUAGCAUCUGGCUGAAUGCUCGCUCUCCUUGGCCCCAGGCAGGGGACAGCCUCCCUCCUGUCCUGGGCCCAGACCCCACACCUACCCUCCUUCAAAGGGAAGGAUGACCACUGGCCCUGAGGGAACUAGGCAAAGCUGCAGCGGCCAGGCAAAUGGAGCAGAGAUUUAAGGGGAGGUUGUGUGUUGGGGGGGGUCAGCGGGAGUCCCACUGUUGCAUCAUUGGUGACUUUGUCCAGGAAGGCUAGUGAGCAGAUACAGUUGGGUUUUCUUGCUCUCUUCAGUUCGUUUGCCAGCUUGUUGGGUCGUCUGGUCCCUCUUCCUCAUCCCCCCCAAAGACCAUGACACCCCUGAGCUUCCCUGGCCAGGUGGGGAUACAGGCUUCAGGAAGACAGGAGCUGUAGACUCUGGGAGAAUCUUAGGUGGUGGCCCUAGGGGAUCGGGGGUAACCACGGGGAGAGGGGGAUCCUUUCUCUUUCCACAGGUGGUUUGCUGUGCCUGACGCUCAGCCAUGUGGCCCCCACCCCAUCUCAGCACACACAGAGGCACGCAUGCACACUGCUUCGAGGUGGGCACCUCCCCUGGGAGGCCUAGGUGGGCACAGGGGCAAGAGCAAGUGGAGCCCUCCUUACCUCUCUCCCAGGGUGGCUCUGAGCAGGGACCCAUAACUCUCCCCCCACACUCUUGCACGAAUCAGCCUCCUAUGGGCCCUUCCUCUCCCCUUGCUGCUUUUCCGUUUGCCUAAUUACCAAGCAGAAGUUGCAUUCUGGUUUGCUUUAUUUUUAUAUGUGAAAUACCCCCAAAGCCCAAGCUCCUCCCAUAUUCAGUAUCAGUUGGGGCAUCGAUCGUCUCCCCAUAAUGCCACCCCCUCCCCACCCACGUGUCAUAGGAAACAGGUGAGGUCUGGUGUCUCUGGUUUGAGAUGGGAAGUUGGGGCACCUCCCGGUCUCAUCCCCCUCUCUGACCCUCAGUGUGCCCCUCUGUGAAAUGGGUGUAUUAGGUGCAGGGCCUCUUCAUAAAGCAUUGCUGGUGUCCAGACAAGCUGCUGAGGAUUCAGUGCUGGUGGAGGGUGCUGGCACUGGGGCCUCCAGCCUCCCUCCCACAGCCCCCUUUCAUUCUUGCCUGCACAGGGGUCUGGGGCAGAACAAGCUCCAUCCUUCCCCUGCUCUGGAAAGAAGUGAUGAUCGAGGCCCACCCUCAGUGUGACGUGGGCAGAGUGAGAGGGAUCGCCCUAUAUAAAAGACCAGGGAACUGGGGCUCAGAGGCAAAGCUGCUUCUCUGGGGUGAAGAGCCCAGCUGCUCUGGCGUUUGGGGGAAAGCCCCUUCAAAGGUGGGGGCCCGGGUGCUGAAGCCACCACAGAGCUGACAGGCUCUCUGCCCCCCUACCCCACAGCCUGUGCCCCGCAGUCGUGGGUAAGGGGUCAGCCCAGAGGAGGAGACUUAGGUCUGAGGGGCUGGGCCGUCACCAGUGCUUUUAGCCUCCAUGGGACCUGAGUGGACACACCACCCUUCCGAGCUUUUGGGGUUUUUAUUGGCUGUUUGGGUUGGGUUUGUGGUUUUUUUGUUUUUGUUUUGUUUUUGCACUUGGCCCACGCCGGACAGUGGAGCCCCACGUGGUCAGUUCCACUUUCGGGCUCCCAUGCACUAGCCCAAGGCAGCCUCUUGGAGGCUGGUAUGGUUUAAGGAAUCACUUUUAAAAAGAAAAGGAAAGUGUUUAAAGGUUUAAGUUUUUUUCAAUCUGCAUCUCCUCUCAGAUUCAGAAAGAAGUUGAGGGGCUGAAACUCCAGGAGAGGGUUUCCCUAGCCUGACUCCGUCUUUUGACAGUCAACAAGGUGCCGGGAUAGGGGGCCGGCAGAGUGCGGACGGAGGACCCCACCUCCCAGGCCCGCAGGGUCCCCCCCGCUGCACCUUGAAGGAGUCAGUACCCCACUCCAGCAGUGAGUGAGUGCCUACUGUAUGCGGAACUUCAGCUAGGCAAAGUGGGGCUGGUGGUCUAAGGGGGGGCCCCUCGCAAGAGGCCAAGGUAGAAGGAACGAAGGGUUCUGGGGCCUGCCCCUGUUGUCGAGUGGAGUGCAGAUGGACACUUUUUGUUCGUUUUAAUUUAAAAAACACAAAGGCCUAAAGAAAUGUAUCUUAUAAUUUUUUUUAAUUUUUGAAAAGCUCAUUUAAUGAAUUGUGCACGAAUGAAUUCUAUAUAUAUAAAAUAUACAUAUAUAGCUCUAUAUUUGGGGAGGGGCACUGUCUCUUUCUUUCUCUUUCUCAUUUUAAAAAUGAAGUGUUGUUGCCUUUGUCUGUGGUUCAACCAUCCAGCUCCCAGCUGGCUAAACUUUGCCUCCAGUGGUUUAAAGAGAGGGAACUAGUUGGGUUGGCAGGAGACCAGGAAUGGAGAUGCCGCCCCGGCGUGGGGGUGGGUCCCCUCUGCCCCCGUCCACCUGCCCCCCUCCCAGAGGUCGAGGGUGGAGAAGACGGCUCGUGUUGGGUGUGGGUUUUGGUUCUGUUGUUCUGGAUUCGGUUGUUUCUGGGCCGGGGGAGGGAGGGUUUGUGCCGAAUACUCUUGUCUUGUACGUUUAGUUCUGCUGCUCUUCAAUGUUGUAUCAAUGCCAGGAAGGGGGAGUGAAAAGCCUCUUUUGCCCCCCCAAAUAAAUUGUCACAUUCCGAAGCUAA